CGCUGACCUUCCACGUCGCAAGUAGCAAUGGUAGGCUGAUGGUAUGUCGAAGCGUGUAGUCCGGUGUAGGUACUGAAGUGAGUGGUCGGGAAGUGAGAGAAAAUCUAUAUUCAUAACAGAAAAGUUUUUCUAAACAAGACGGAACAAAAUGAAGAACUUCGGCAUUUUUUUAUUACUGCUCGUUUCUCCAAUUAUUCUCACCGCGAACAGAGUUCAUGGUCAAGAAGAUGAAAAUAUAGAUGACAUAGUCGAUGUUGAAGGUGAAGAAAAUUCUGUAAUAACAGAUGAAGAACCUGAAGAAGAAACAACCACUGCCUCGUCUGAUGCUGACACCACUGUAUUGUUUAUUAAACCUGUUUAUAACGGAUUAUCAACAUUGGAACUACCAGGUGGUAACUUAGUUGAGCUACUUGUUGGUUUUACCAAUAAAGGUGAAUCUGACUUUGUUCUCGAGUCAUUGGAUGCUUCUUUCCGUUAUGCAAUGGAUUUUAAUUUCUAUAUUCAAAACUUCUCAACUGUUGCUUAUAAUAAGAUUGUGAAGCCAAAACAAGAGGCAACCUUAGCGUAUUCAUUCAUUCCAUCAGAAAAUCUUGCUGGAAGGCCAUUUGGUUUCAAUAUUAAUUUGAACUACAGAGAUACUAAUGGCAUGAACUUCAAUGAAGCAGUUUAUAAUGAAACAGUGCAAAUUGUAGAAUUAGAUGAUGGUCUUGAUGGAGAAACAGUUUUCUUGUACAUAUUCCUUGCUGCCUGCAUAAUACUGACACUUGUCGGAGGGCAACAACUUCUUUCAUCUCUUGGUCGUAAAUCUCGAUCUUCUACUUCUCGUAAAAUACCUAUGGAAAUGGGUACAUCCAAUCCUAAUAAUGUAGAUUAUGACUGGAUACCAAAGGAAACUCUGAAGAGACUCAACAAAUCUCCCAGGACUCCGCAACAAAGCCCCAGGCAACGAAGAACAAAACGAACAGGUGGUUCUGAUGACUGA